GUUAAGAAUCUAAUUUAUUUAGCAUUAAUAUUCAUUUCUUUAUUAAAUUUAGAAUUUAGAAGAAAUGAAAAAUUCAAAGAAGCGGAAAGCUUCUGAUAAUAAGUCUCAAGCAUGGAGUGAUGAAGUAACAUGCAAACUAUUGGAUUUUUUGGAAGAUAAUUUUAGUAAAUAUCAAAAAGGUAAAAUCUGAAUUUUACGCCAUGGUUUCCAAAAAUAUUAUCAAAACAAAAAGUGCAGAAAGCAUUAAAGGGCGAUUAAGUAGAUUGUUAGAGAAGUACAGUAAAGUAAAAAGACAAAAUAAUCAAAGUGGAUCGGAAAGAGUGGACUGGAAAUGGAUGGAAAAAAUGGAUAGAAUUUUUGGCUGCCGUGAAAAUGUCUCCCCUUCACACAUUUCAAAUGAAACAACGGAAUAUAUUAAUGAUGAGGUUAAUGAACAAGAAGAGGUUCCAAAUCCUGAAAAAGAUGAUAAAAAGGUAGUAAAAAGAAAAAAGAAUAACGUUGAAUCUUUAAAUUGAUGUAAUUGAUGUUAUGAGUAAUAUUAGCGAAAAAAAAGCUAAAUUUCUGAACAAAGAUUAGAAUUAGAACGAACUAUUAUAAUACCAUUGUUUAAAUUAUAACAAAUGUAGAUGACCAAAUCAUGUAUACGGAUGGAAACUUACGUAUCCUCAAUGCAUUUCACCGUUAACAUCAACAUUUUCGAGAUGAUCUUUAAUCGUGUUCCUAUCCGUAACAUCCUAUUGUAAAGUGGUCCGUUAUAGAAUUUUUACAAACUUAUGGACACUAAAUCAGAAUGUUAUCACUUCUUGUCAUAGAUCGACAA